AUGGGAAACGACCGUGCAAGGCCGCUGUAUUCGAAACCAUACCGCGCUACGGCGCCUCCUCAAUCACGGUAAAUGAUCCUCAACUGGUUUAAUUUUAUGUCGCUUUCAGAUACUUAAUUGUUUGACCGGUGUUUCCGAGCGCCAUUUUCAUGAACUUGUUCCCCGACAGGGUUCUUGUCGUUCUUCAAUCCCUAACGUCGUCUGCAGGGCUUUCAAUCCCUUCAAACCAAAAAAAUAUUGUCCUCGAUUCCGCAAUCACGAUUAUUUAUUUAUUCAUUUUUUUUUUGAAAAAUCCCCAAAUCCUUUGUUCCGUUAUCAUAAUACCGAAUGAGGCAGCUCUAAGCCAUUAGACAUGUUAGACCCUGUAGUUCAACAGACAGUACUUGUGGCCCCAUAAAACCUGUUGGAAGUUAAAACCUUCGACAAAAAAACAUUUUGUUUGAAACGAGCUACAAUGGAUGAAUCCGCCCCCGUUUUUUGGAAAACGAAGUUAAGUGCUCAGCCUUUGAUGUAGAAAUGAUUUUUCAUUCUCAAGCAAAUAAAAGUGACACAGAAGGGCGAGGGUUUUUGGAACUUGGAAGUGGCCUAUCCUCGCGGUAGUUUCAGACUAACGCUUGUUUUGUGAAAUAAAGGGCUGUGAAUUCCCUUUCAUAUUUCUGAUUUGUCUUAGGCAUAGUGUACAGUUCUUGUUUUGACAAGAUUUACGUCAUAAUUGUUUGCUGUAAGGUCGCUACCGCAUCCAAAGAAGAAACAAUGAUCACUUUCACCCAUUCUCUAUUUUCCAAUUGCCCAUAAUACACUCUGUUUGCCCCCAAAAUUCUGCAUAAACCAUUGUUUUUAAAUGCUCCUGGGAGUAUUGCAUUUUCCCAAGAGCAUUUUAAGACAAUAAGUUAUGCAAAAUUUGGGAGGCAAACAGAGUGUAUUAUGGGCAAUUGGAAAAUAGUCAAUAAACUGCCAUUAUCGUCUUCAUUUUCUGUUGUCCAGAAUAAACAAACUCGACCGCGAUUUCUUGCAUCAGCAAUUUUGCCCCCUGAGAAACCACGUGACAUUGCUUUUAUCCCAUCAGCCAAUAAGGUCUAUUGGACCACAGGGCACCCACACAAUCUGUUUGUGUAGCCGAUUGUUAUUUUAUAGUAAAUGUACUGGAUUUACCGUUUGCUUCACCUAUAGCGAUAUAUCGCUAGCUAUGUAUAUAAAUCAAUGAUAAAUAAACGUUGAAUUACCUUGCCUGUGGUGUAUAGUCGUUCUUUUGCCUCAAAAGCGGUUUUUUGAGCGAUUUUGAAUGAAUUUGAAUAUAUAUGGAACAGUCAACGGCGAACUCAAAUUCAUUCAAAAUCGCUCAAAAAACCGCUUUUGAGGCAAAAGGACGACUAUAACCACAGGCAAGGUAAUUCAACGUUUAUUUAUCAUUGAUUUAUAUACAUAGUUAGCGAUAUAUCGCUAUAGGUGAAGCAAACGGUAAAUCCAGUACAUUUACUAUAAAAUAACAAUCGGCUACACAAACAGAUUGUGUGGGCGCCCUGUGAUUGGACACCCUGAUCAUACGCCGUUUCCACUGGUGUACUAGUAGAGAUUAUUUACCUGUGGCUUUGUCCGUAAGUGCGGCUACACCUUUGCUUACUCCUACGAUACCAGUAGGCAGACUGCACGUACUCUUUACAGGCUGUUGCGACCACUGUAGUAACCGGAGCCACCUAUUGUAGACAAACGGCCCCGGUUACAGAAGUCGCACUGUAAGUUAAAAGAUGAGAAUUCUACCGGCUCGCUGCUGAGUAUUGCAAUGAGACAUGCAGUCUUCAACCUUAUUAGCUAGCGAUAAAUACUAUACUGGGUAACCACUGAUCUACACCUCUCACUAAGGAAUUAAGACGGAAUCCACCAGGAAAUUGAGUAAUUUUUUAAAUUUUCAGUUGACAAAAACCUUGUACCAGAAUAAUUUAAAGAAUAUUGCAUUCUUUUUUACAUUUUUCUAGGGCUACAGAUGUAAUUAUUUUAGUAAUCUGUAAUGACACCAAAGAAAAUUUCUUAUGAGUGCCCCAGAAAAUGCAUAUGAAUAUCAAAUUUCACAAAAUUACACCUUACACAUGAAAUUUUCAGAAUUCUACCCGUGUUUUCACAAUUCUUGUGAAAUUUGACAUUCAUUUUCUCCGACUCCCAUGAGAAAUUUUCGUUGGUGUUACUACAGAUGACUAAUUACAUCUUUAGCCCUUGAAAAAUGUAAAAAAAGAAUGCAAUAUGCUUUAAAUUAUUCUGGUACAAGGUUUUUGUACACUCAAAAUUAAAAUUACUCAGUUUCCUGGUGAAUUCCGUUUUAAUAUUGAAUAUGUUUCCCCUCAGGUGUCUUCCCAUACUUAAUACAGAAUUUGGAACCAGGAUUAUAUUAUGCCUCCCGUUGGGAACUGAUAUGAAGCAUUUUUAAUGCGCUUUCAAUUCCCCAGGUGUUUGAUUGGGUGAUCUGGAUUUAGAUUUGAAUGCCAGGAAAAAUAUCCUUGGAUUUCCUUUCUUUCCGUUUUAUUGGGAAAUCCGAAAAAGGAUCUCAAACUGGGCUCUUCUCAAGACCUGCAGUUUCGCACGCCCCCACGUAAUUAGUGGAAAAAAAGGGCCAGACAAACUCGGAUUUAAAAACUAUGAAACGGUAAAGAAGAAAAAACCCAUCAAAUCUGGAUUAAGAUUUCUUUAUUGAAAUCCAUCCGAAAUCUGUUUUCAGAUUUUGCGUUUUAUUGCACAAUCCGCAAUCCGUUCUUUAAAUUAAUCCAGACUUGCUAAUCGGCAUUAUACUUUACUUCUCUCAGGAAAGAGCCAGUGGAAGAUUUUGAAGUACUGGCGUAUGUUUUCAAACCAUUGCUUUUUGGGCGAUCGAUUAUGUAGUGCUGCAUGUGUCUUAUCCGCUGUUUUAUUUGUUUUGUUUUUGUUGUUAUUGUUUUGAUUGCAUCGAACGAGCAACAAUUAUGGAUGUUAUUACAAUUAUGUCUAUAUUUUGCUUGAAACAUCAUCUGAAAAUAAUUCGAAAAAGUUAUAAAAUAUCUGUAUAAAGACAAACGUACGGAAAGUAAUUUUAAAACCUGAAACAAAAAGUGAUGUUUGAGAGGACCUAACGCAGCUAUUAAAUUAUACGUAACUAAGUUCUUUUUGGCCGGACCACCAGACCUGUUACCACAUGAUCACAUGAUCAUACCACAAGCAUGGGGAGCAAGGGUGGCGCAGUGGUGAGAGCGCUCUCCUCCCACCAAUGUGGCCCGUGUUCAAAUCCUGGCGUCGACGCCAUAUGUGGGUUGAGUUUGUUGUUGGUUCUCUCCCUUGCUCCGAGAGGUUUUUCUCUGGGUAGUGUAUGUCCGGUUUUCCCCUCUCCUCAAAAACCAGCACUUCCAAAUUCCAAUUCGAUCAGGAAUCGGAUAGACGAAGAACCACUUUGUGGAUGUGCUACCUCCAAAUCAUUAUUAUUAUUAUUAUUAUUAUUAUUAUUAUCAUUAUUAUUAUUAUUAUUAUUAUUACAAGCAAUACCUCGUCCCAUGGUAAGUAAGGCUCUUCUCAGCGUAUACAGCGUAAUAGGCAAAGCAAAGUGCGUCCAACGGGUACGUGUAUCCCUCCCAAGAAACUAAGCAAGAACCUACGCCCUGAGUAGCCUGCGAACACAGAUGUAUUUACAGGAUACUCCCGGAGACGACAGUUAAAAACCCUCUCUAAAUUUGUUAUGACGACUGAAACACCCCAGGAGAUGAAGCCUGGGCAUGAGUCAUGCGUUCGCACCGCAUUGGUGGAUUCAGAAUAACCUUGGUAACUGGUGUGACGUUCUUGUGAGAUGAUAACACAAACUUAACGAGCAUCCUGGCUUAUUCACCCAUCAAAGCACUAGGAGUCUGGUUGCGUACGCUCGGGUUUAUUGGCGGGGUUUUUACAAUUUGGAUGCUAAGAACUUCGGUAACUAACGACCAAACCUGAAGAGUUCAUUCUACAACACAAAGGCAACCGUUUUUGGAAUAAAGGUUAGUAAUUGCCAACUUUUCUGCAACAGGAGGGCUUUAAAAGACUGUGCGUGAUAUUGACUGAAAUAGCUAGGCUGAAGUGUACCAGUCAUAGAAAGUAAUCUCGACCUAACGUUUUCGUGAUUUCUAAAGUAGGAAUUGAUUUAACUAAUCCAAGUUAUAUGCCAGCAACAUGUGAAUCCGGUAGCACAGUAGGACUGGAUAUAAGUUUAACGGUGCGAUGCGGUUCGAAUUCUCAAGGCAUUCAAAAGAAAGCGAUUUUUAGCACAAAUUCCACAUUACAUUCUUUUCUCAUAGUUCCUGCUUAAAUCACUGCAACGGUACAUGUGGUUAUGUAUAAGAAAGUUCCAAUCUUACAAGAUUUUCUGAUUUUUUUUUAUUGCUCCAUGAUCUUUUGGCCAACUUGAUUAAAUCACGAAUUUCGGUUUCGGUCAAGUUAGAAAAAAAGUUAGUUUUGUUCUUUGUUCUUUUCACAUCUUAUUUAUUAUGGUGUUAGCUCAGAAUGUUACUUGUUUUUUAUGCUUUGACUAAAGAUUUGUGUGUCCGCGUGUCUUGGUAAAAGUUUUCCAGAUGUGUCUAAGAGAUAGAUUUUUAUCUGUAGACGAAAAAAGCCUACUGCGUUUUUACAAAUUAUAGAAAACUCUCAAAUUCUUUGUUGUAUAGAAUAUUUUACUGUAAUGUGCUAAUGAUCCCAGGAAAAAGCACUGUAAAAGAAAUUUCAUUUUAAUGGUAAAACCACUGGUUUUGUUCAUAGACUCAAGUGGUAGAACAACAUCACAUCGUCCCGUAAGAGUAAAAGAGUUAAUGGAAGGAAGCAAAUUACAGUCAAUUUAAAUUUCAAUGGGAAAACUACGCAAAACUAAAUCGAAUCCGUUAUGAUGCAAAACAGCUAUGAUCUGUGAUGGACAAAUAUCUUUUGAACCGAGUUAAUGGAUCACAACAGCGUUUAUAAUCGACAAGGAAGCUUUUGUCUUUGAAUUAAAGCAUACUUCUAUCUAAGCAGUUUCAAUUUGCAGCUGUUUUAAAGGAAGGCCUCGAUCGUUGUACGUCAAUAUAUUUAAAAAUACUUUACAGAAAGUGCGCUCUUUAUAUGGUACGUUGAUGUGUCUGAGUAAUUUGUUAACAAUGAUUGAAUUUUGCUAUGCAGAUCUUUUAGGAUGUUUUCCACCAAGGCCGAAUAGCGUCUGAGAGGGGCAUACUUCCUCACAUCAUACUAAAGUCUAAUUCACUAAUAAUUAUUUUACUAUCCAUUCAAAAUACUUCUUAGUUGUUAACCACCUCAGCGCCUCGUAUAAGAAUUUCUUCUAACAUUUGCCUGUUUCUCGACACUGUUUCAGGAUAUAAACAGCAUUUUUCAUGCAGAUACACCUUAAAAAGUAGAUGAAAUCUAUCGAGCAAUAUUUUUUUGCUUAUUAUUGCUUUUCGACCGUUCAGUUUCAGUCUAAAAUUCGGCUAUUCGGCUAUUUCUUUAUUUUCACUCCGGGAUGCCGGGUUCUAAAUCUCUGCUCAACUAAAGCGAUUGUUGCCUGAAAACGAGGCUGCUAGAUGUGACCCCUUUGAAUCGAUGGGUUAUUGCACACAUUUUCCAAAUAUGGUAAACGCCUGGUGGUAAAAGAGAAUUAGCUGGGGAAUUGGAACCAAUCAGAAAGAGCGAAAUAUUUUGAAUGAAUAAUAAUUAAACAGAUGGGUUUUUUCCAACAGAUGUUCCUCAAAAAGUAGAUUACAUCUAUCAAGCAAUUUCUGUUGUGUAUUCUUGCAUUUUUUUCGUCCAGUUUUAGACAGAAAUUAGACAAAUUCUGCUUGAGGACGAAACUUAAACAGCAAGGUCACGAAAUUUGUACAUUCAUUAUAACUGGGCUUUUUUUACUUUCUUAGCCGGAAAUGAAUAAGGUAAAGCGUGUUUGUGUGAUUGGUGCAGGACCCAGUGGAAUGUCCGCUUUGUAUCAAUUCAAGCAAUUGGAAAUGAAGGGACAGGAAAUUCCAGAGAUAGUGUGCUUUGAAAAACAGUCUGAUUGGGGUGGUCUCUGGAAAUAUUCAUGGCGUACAGGUAAGGUUGCCAUCGCGUUUUGUCGAGAUUUACGUUGGCUAAAACUUUCGUUUGCCCAGGGUGCCUGUAGAGACUUUUCUUUCAUAUGAAAAAAUACAUUAUAGUCUUAAAGUUUCAAGUUUUAGUCCUGUUGCUUUCGAUUCUACCGCAUAGUCUUUAUACACGGUUUCUGUUCAUUCGGUCAAGUCCUUCUAUCCAAUAAUCUGCGCGAAAGGUGUUUUCUUCCGGCUACGCCUCUCGUAGUUUCGGACUUUGGCGGACGUUCUGUCGGGCAAUACCAAAGCCGUCCCGCCGCACGCGAGUAAAAAGCCUCCAGUACCCAGAGAAUGUUCCUUCAACACUUUCUGAAAACGCCGUCUCUUAAAAUGACAUCACAAUGAAAGAGUAGUCAAGACUGAAUGGCUUAGCUUGUUGGAAUCGAGUAACAAGCAGUACAGAUUAAGGCGCAAUAUAUCGUCUCCGCAUCUCUUUUGUUAUCGCAAACCUUAGGACAGACAUAGUUCCACAUUUUCACUUAUCUAUUAUUUGAAUUUGUUUCUGUUCCCAGUUCCUUUUUUCGAUAUUAAGUUAUAGCGCACCCAUUCACUUUCUUGUCAAUUUUACUGAUGAACUGUUUGUUUUACCUUUGUCCUUUUUCCUUGACGGGUGUUAUUUAGAUAUUUAGGCAAAGACCGCUUAUAAUAAACGGGCCCUCGCCUCACAUGCAUUAGCUAACUUCAAAAGACCCUGGUUAGUACGACCAGGAGUUGGCUCGGUAUCCAUCGCAUCCCACCGUUUUAUUUGAAAAGACUCUAGUGUUCAUGUGCAAGAAGGUUUCUCGGUUUUCGUGACAUCAAUUUGAUGCCGGUUUAGAAGGAAAUUGGUGCAUUCGAACAGGUUGCAGUGGUUAGGUUCCUGUGAUGAAAACGCGGCAAAUUAAAAAAGUGAACUGGGAUGGUCGCAGUUCGGGUAAUUGCAAAUAAACCCGAAAACAAUUUCGGGUUGUCAAAGGGAUUCGAACCCAUGGCCCCUGCGUUAGCGCUGCAGUGCUCUACCAAUUUAGCUAUGAAGACCCAUACAUUGGGAGCAGGCCAGUUUGCAUCCUCGGAGACCCAGGAGCAGUUAAUCGGGUCGAUAACAAACAUUUUAUCGACCCGACUAACUGCCCCUGGGUCUCCGAGGAUGGCCAAUUUGUCGAGUUCAUCUUAACCCGUGAAUGAAAUGAAAUAAUGAAGAUGACGUAAAACAAUAAAGUAUAUUCAGGCAACAAUUAACAACAAAACUCUAACGUUUCUGUUCAAGGACUUUAUAGAACUACUUUAUGGAAGUCAAAACAUUUCUCGGGGAAAAUUAAUGAGCAAGAACUAAUAAAUCAUUACCGCAAAGUUACAGUGCGACUACUCGAACCGGGGCACUUGGAGAAAAAUUAUCCAAUCACAUCGUUUUUUGAAAAUAAAAGAUUCUCAAGCUUUUUUGCAAAAGGACCGGUAAAAUUCAAGGUUCAAUUAUGCCACCCACCUUCGAAAACUUUUUAAAGCUUUAAGAUCAAACGGUUUAAAAACCAUUUGAUCUUACCUGAGCUCUCAGAAAAAGCGAGUUCAAUUACUGUGAGGACGGAAGUUUUCAUCAGUAAGUAUAUUCAAACCCUGUCCGUCAAAUUGUCAACAUUUACCGGUUCUUUCAGCCUAGUCCCUAGGUGUUUUCGGCUCGGUCAAUCCUGGACUCUACCAUUUUUCCUGGGAUAGUGACGUCACCGCAGAAAAUAUCCCACCGCGAAAAGGCGCCCGCUCUUUCCCAGAAUUCGCGCGGACAACGGGGCAAAUAAACAAUGAUUAAUAACUUUCAAAUUGCGGUUUUAAUUUACAAGGAGAAUGACAGACGAAUUAAUACUUUGCUGGUCAUGACCAAUUUAAUUUACGCUCAUGAUAUAAAUUUUCACGCGAUGCCGCUUUACUAUCCCUGAGGACAAAUGGGGGACUACUCGUAGUCUAGAUAUAAAUGCGAUGCCGAAUUUUAAACCGGCAAUUAACUUAAUAAAACUCUUACAAGUGUAAUUUACAAGUGUAGCUAUUGUUUCGGACCCCGAAACAAUGGCUACACUUGUAAAUUACACUUGUAAAAGAAUUACUAAAUUGACCCCAGUUAAUUCCAUGUUGGUACUUAAUUUCGCGAUUUUGGCGAGAUGAGACAGUAUUUCGCACGGGAUGUUGGCGAUUUUGAAUAGGAACAUAUGAAAAAGGGGCAUUGAAUUUCGCGAGGACUUUUCUCCGCGGGUCUUUAUUUUUCCGAUUUUUUUUAUAUUAAUCACUCGCGAAAUUAAGUACCACUAAGGUAUAUGAAAAUUAUGAAAAGAUGUUUCUUAAGCAACUGAAUGGUAUGCGUUCCCCUCAAACGGGGGACAAACCGAUGACUUUCUUAUAAAUGAGUGGACGUCUAUAACACAGCCUUAUACUAGAAGCAAGAAGGCAUUUAUCAUGGCAAUUUGUAAUUCUGUGCCUACGUCAAAUACCUGUCUUAGUCUUCUUCCUUAAGGAAAUUAUCGAUUGACUUUAAUUUUUUGUCAGAUACCGAUGAAUACGGAGAACCUGUGCAUGGAAGCAUGUACCAGGGUCUGUGGACAAAUGCUCCAAAGGAAUGUUAUGAAUUUCCAGACUAUACUUUUGAGGAUCAUUUUGGAAAAGCUAUUCCAUCGUAUCCACCAAGGGAGGUUUUUUACGAUUACCUGACAGGUAAGAAUGUGCUUGAAAAUUAAUCCUAUUUGGGCGGGUGAAACUUAGCCAGUGCUAGGAUGAAGUUUAGUAGACCUCGGUGUUGCUGAUGACCUCUCUCUUUCGGCCCAAACGUAAAAACGCUUGGUCACCUCGGUAUCUGAAAACCUAGUCAACAAAAUCACCUCCUUUACACAAUCAGAUUCUAGGGGGUGGAGGGAGGGGAUUAAAAAACCUAAGGUCAACAUAAAAGGGAAGUACCGUUGACCUUCUGUCUUCUUUACCUAUUUGUGUAAAAAAAGUGGGUACCUGUGACUUAAAACGGGCAACAAAAAAGGAGCAGCUUGUUUUGCAACAUUGCUGCAAAACGAGUUGAAUAGCGAUGUUGCGCUUUUUACCCACGUUCGGACCUGCCUAGUAAUAAACAAAUAAUUGCAAGGAUUUUUUUCCGGGGUGGUUAAACGCGUAAAAUCGCAAAUCAACUCGUAAAACAAGUUGCACUUUUUUUGUUGGCCGUUUUACCGUACCUUUAGGUCGUUCAAGUAUAUGCAUGGGGCAGUAAUACUGAUGCAGCUGUUGUGGAGCUGUUGUGGACGUGAGAAUCUGACCUAACCUUAACCUCUUCCAGUAGUCACUCUCCCACGCAUCUUAGCUGUUCUAAUGUGCUCUAAUCUCUUUGUAAUUUAUCUGCCCAAAAGGAAAACUAUUCGGACGUACAACUGAAAUGGUUGUGGCUCAGAGUUAUGGUGUGUUUAUUACAGGAAGUUUGCGUCCACAUUGCUGAUAUUGAAUUUUUAAUUUAUUCAUUAUUUUACUUAAAAUUUUAGCAAACGUUUUCUUUCCCAGGUCGGUGGUCUAACAGCAAUCUUCGUCCUUGGAUUCACUUCAGCCAUGUUGUUCGUCAUGUUACCUACAACGAUUCUACCGACGACUUCACUGUAGUCGUCAAAAACCUUUCAGAAGACAAGCUCCUUCCAGCUGAGAGAUUUGACUACGUCAUUGUAGCAACUGGGCAUUACUCCACUCCCAACAUCCCUUUCUUCACUGGAAUUGAGAGGUUCCCUGGUCGAGUUAUUCACUCACACAGCUUCAGAAAUGCCUCUCACUUCAAAGGCAAAAGAGUUCUUGUCAUUGGUUCCAGCUACUCAGCAGAAGACAUCGCUCUCCAGUGUCUUAAGUACGGCGCUGAAAAUAUCAUCUGCUGUUGGCGAACGCUACCGAUGGGAUUCAAAUGGCCCCCACAGAUAACAGAAAAGCCACUGCUCACCAAGCUGGAAGGAAGCACAGUCCAUUUUAAGGAUGGUAGCACGGCAGAGGUUGAUGACAUCAUACUCUGCACAGGCUACCACUACUUCUUUCCUUUUUUGGAAGACCGUCUGCGCCUGAAAUCCCGCAAUGUUUGGUACCCUGAGGGACUUUACAAGUCGAUUCUCUGGACCCGGGGUGGAAAUAACAAGGUUCUGUACAUAGGGAUACUGAAUCAAAUAUACAGUUUCACCAUGUUUGAUGUUCAAGCAAAGUGGGUGGUGAAUUAUAUCAUGGGGGAACUAAAACUUCCCGAUAAUCAAAAAAUGGAAAGUGAUAGCAGGAAGUGGAUUACCAGGUACUUAUUCGAUUUAGGUGACUCACUA